AGAGAGAGAGAGAGAUUAGAGCACUUGAGGAAUGGAAAUCUGGAGAUCAGCUUUACGUUUAUUGGAGCUGAUGGCAGUAGUUGUCUCCGGUGGGUUUCUGGAUGGUUUGAAAAACCGGAGUGGACUCGCAGAGGCUGGAAGUGGUGCCAGCACUGAGACUCCAUCGGUAGAAUGUACCCUGCAGGGUACGCCUCGUUCACCCGUCUACUCAGCAGACGGGGACUUUAUCAUUGGAGGUGUUUUCUCUAUUCAUUACCAACUUUACACAGUGAUCUAUAAUUACACCACCAAGCCUGAGCCUCCAAGGUGCGCAGGGAGUAUUGAUGCCCGGGAACUGCGCUUCUCUCGUUCAAUGAUCUUUGCCAUCGAAGAGAUAAACAAUCGCAUGGAUCUACUGCCAGGCAUCAAACUCGGAUAUCAGAUCUACGAUUCGUGUGCGUCUGUCCCCGUUGCUGUUCACGUGGCGUUUCAGCUGUCAAACGGCCAGGACCCCGUGUUUCAUAAAGGCGCCAACUGUUCUCAGUCCGGCGUGGUGAUGGCUGCUGUUGGUGAAUCUGGAUCUACGCCAUCCAUCAGCAUGUCACGCAUCAUGGGCUCUUUUAACAUCCCUCAAGUGAGCCACUACGCCACUUGUGCCUGUCUAUCAGAUAAGCAACAAUACCCAAAUUUCUUCAGAACAAUACCCAGUGACCAGUUCCAAGCUGACGCCCUGGCCAAGCUGGUGAAACACUUUGGCUGGACUUGGAUAGGAGCCGUCCACUCAGACUCGGACUAUGGAAAUAGUGGCAUGGCGUCUUUUCUUGAAGCAGCUCUCAGAGAGGGGAUCUGUGUGGAGUACACUGAAUCUUUCUUUAGAACUGACCCAGGCAGCAAGAUCCAAAGAGUCGCCGAUGCCGUCCGCAGGUCAACAGCCAUGGUUGUUGUGGCAUUUAUUGCUUCUGGAGACAUGAGGGUCCUGCUGGAGGAGCUGGAUCGCGCUCCUCCACCACCUCGCCAGUGGAUUGGCAGUGAGUCCUGGGUGACCGACACUUUCAUGGUCAGAUACAGUUUCUGUGCAGGAGCCAUCGGAGUUGCUAUCCCGCAGUCUGUCAUCCCGGGCCUGAGAGACUUCCUCCUGGGUCUCUCUCCGUCAGAAGUGGCUGCCUCCCCACUGCUUACUGAGUUCUGGGAGGAUGCAUUCAACUGCAGCCUGACAAAAAAUCCUGCAGCAAACAAGGGCGUGUGUGACGGAACUGAAGACCUAAAACAGCUGAAGAACCCGUACACCGAAACAUCUCAGCUGAGAGUGACUAACAUGGUGUACAAAGCUGCUUAUGCUGUAGCGCAUGCUUUUCACAAUGCACUGUGUCGGAAAACAAACACCACCAUUCAGUGUGACAAAUUCAUCAAUCUGAAUGCAAGUCAGAUUUUUUCCGAAAUGAAGAAAGUAAAUUUUUCUCAAAAUGGUUACCAUGUCUCGUUUGAUGCUAAUGGGGAACCUGUAGCUGCGUAUGAGGUGGUCAACUGGCAAACAACUGAGAGUGGAGGCACUGAGGUAGUGACUGUGGGUUAUUAUGAUGCAUCACUGCCAGGAGGACAGCAGUUCCAGAUCAAUAGGAACAUAACGUGGAUGGGGGGUGGAUCACAAGUACCAGUCUCCGUUUGCUCAGAGAGUUGUCCUCCAGGAACUCGUAAAGUGUUGCAGAAAGGAAAACCAAUCUGCUGCUAUGACUGUGUACCAUGUCCUGAAGGAGAGAUCAGUAAUAUGACAGACUCGCCUGAUUGCUUGCCAUGUACCAGAGAGUUCUGGUCAAAUGCAAAGAGAGAUGCUUGCAUCCCCAAACCUGUGGAGUUUCUAUCCUUCGAUGAAGUCCUGUCAAUCAUCCUGGCUGCAUUCUCAGUCAGUGGAGCCUGCCUGGCCAUCAUUACAGCAGUGAUUUUCUUCUUUCACAGGGCAACACCAAUUGUCAGAGCCAACAACUCUGAGCUGAGCUUCCUGCUGCUCUUCUCUCUGACUCUGUGUUUCUUAUGUUCACUAACUUUCAUUGGAGCCCCCUCUGAGUGGUCCUGCAUGCUGCGGCACACAGCGUUUGGCAUCACAUUUGUUCUCUGUAUCUCCUGUGUUCUUGGCAAAACUAUAGUGGUUCUAAUGGCCUUUAAAGCCACACUUCCUGGUAGUAAUGCUAUGAAAUGGUUUGGUCCUCCACAGCAAAGAAUGACUGUAGUGUCUUUUACAUUUAUUCAGGUUAUAAUAUGUAUCAUAUGGUUGGUUGUGAGUCCUCCCUUCCCAGUGAAAAAUCUGAGCACCUACAAGGAGAAGAUCAUCCUGGAAUGUGCGUUAGGCUCUGCUGUUGGUUUCUGGGCUGUGCUCGGCUACAUCGGCCUGCUGGCUGUGUUUUGCUUUGUGUUAGCUGUUCUAGCUCGGAAACUACCUGAUAAUUUCAAUGAAGCCAAGAUGAUAACCUUCAGCAUGUUGAUAUUCUGUGCCGUCGGGAUCACCUUCAUCCCAGCUUAUGUCAGCUCUCCUGGAAAAUUUACUGUGGCUGUGGAGAUAUUUGCAAUUCUGGCCUCCAGCUUUGGACUGAUACUGUGUAUAUUUGCUCCAAAGUGUUACAUUAUCUUGUUUCAGCCGGAGAAAAACACUAAGAAAUUUCUCAUGAACAAAAACUAAUCCCACAUAA